UUUCAUGUAUCUAGUUACUCUAGCGCUUUUGUCACUUAUCACCUGUCACCCUCCCACUCGCCACCCAAACACCACCAUCCACCGCUGUUUCCACCGCCAAACGUUAUCCCGCUGAGUAGUGUUAUGGUUAAUAGUGGGUAAUUGUGUUGAUGAUCUUUAAGGGAGCUAACUAAGCUUUUUCUAUUUUUGUAUCAGACAAAAAUGUCAGGCUUCAGAGAAGCUUUUCUUUAUGUGGUGAUACUCGUAUUGGGCUCUUUUCUAGUUGCGGAAUCAGCAAUAGGAGUGAACUGGGGUACUGUAUCUUUCCGAAAGCUGAAGCCUUCCACAGUGGUGGAUCUGUUGAAAGACAACAAUAUAGAGAAGGUAAAGCUGUUUGAUGCAGACCCAGAAGUGCUUGGAGCUUUAAUGGGUAGUGGUAUUCAAGUCAUGGUUGGGAUCCCAAAUGAAAUGUUGGCUGCUAUUAGCUCUUCAACUGCUGUUUCUGAUUUGUGGGUUCGCCAGAAUGUUUCCAGAUAUGUGGUUAAAGGUGGUGUUGAUAUCAGGUAUGUAGCUGUAGGAAAUGAACCAUUCCUCACUAGUUAUUCUGGUCAAUUUCAAUCCUAUGUGAUUCCUGCCCUGCUCAAUUUGCAGCAGUCUUUGGCUAAAGCAAAUCUUGCUGGCUAUGUAAAGCUAGUGGUCCCUUGCAAUGCUGAUGCCUAUGAAUCCUCCCUCCCUUCUCAAGGAACAUAUCGACCUGAGUUAACAGAAAUUAUAACUCAACUUCUUUCCUUCCUCAGCUCAAACGGUUCCCCUUUUGUUGUCAAUAUUUACCCAUUCCUUAGCCUCUAUGGGAGCACAGAUUUUCCACAAGAUUAUGCAUUCUUUGAUGGGAGUACCCAUCCUGUUACAGAUGGGCCUAAUGUCUAUGGCAAUGCAUUUGAUGGGAAUUUUGACACUUUAGUUGCUGCCCUCAACAAACUUGGAUAUGGUCAAAUGCCUAUAGUUAUUGGAGAGGUGGGUUGGCCAACUGAUGGAGCCAUCAGUGCGAACCUCACUGCUGCAAAGGCUUUCAACCAGGGACUUAUAUAUCAUGUUUUGAGUAACAAAGGAACCCCUCUUAGACCAGGUGCUCCUCCCAUGGAUGUUUAUAUUUUCAGCCUACUAGAUGAAGGGGCAAAGAGCACACUUCCAGGAAAUUUUGAGAGGCACUGGGGGAUUUUCUCCUUUGAUGGUCAGGCUAAAUAUCCACUGAACCUUGGUUUGGGCAACAAGGAAUUGAAGAAUGCCAAGAAUGUUGAGUAUCUCCCAUCUAGGUGGUGUGUGGCAGACGCGACCAAGGAUCUAUCUGGGGUCGCCAACCACAUGAGAAUUGCUUGUGGUGUUGCAGAUUGCUCAACACUUAAUUAUGGGGGAUCAUGCAAUGGAAUUGGAGCAAAGGGAAACAUCUCUUAUGCUUUCAACAGUUACUAUCAGCUUCAGGAUCAAAAUGCACAAAGCUGUGAUUUUGAUGGUCUCGGCAUGGUAACAUUCCUGGACCCAUCUGUUGGCGAUUGCAGGUUUCUUGUAGGUGUAACUGAUACUAGUUCAGGUUUUGGACCAUGUCCUAGGCGGAUUAUGAUUUGGAUUUUGAUGAUAUGGGGGCUGUGUGUUUUUCUAAUAUAAAAAGAAGUUUCCUCAACUGGGUUUUUGCGGGUCCCCUUGGUAGAAACGGUUAGUGUUAAACAUAGGUGAGAGAAUACUUAGUAAUUUCGAUGUUUGUUCAAAAUGAUAGGAAGUUAUUGUGUAUGUGAUAUUGUGAUAGCAUCAUUUUAGGAAGUAGUUAUGAACUUGCCAUGUGUAUUGAAUCAUCCCAUCUUGAAAUCAUAUGGGCCCUAUUUAAUAAUAUGAUGAAGCCUUCGCUGGUGGACUUCGUUUUAAAAAAAAUUUCCG